AUGAGUCGAAGUCAACUCAGAUCGAUUGAAGAAUUGGCCAAGUCCAUAAAUGCAAAUCCCAAAGUCAAAGUGAUCUUUUUGGUCGGAGCUGGGAUCUCAACAGCAUGUGGAAUUCCUGACUUCCGGUCACCAGGAACCGGACUGUACGACAACUUGGCUAAACUGAACCUUCCUUUCGCGGAAGCAGUUUUCGAUAUCGAUUUCUUCAGGCAAAACCCUCAGCCGUUCUAUACAUUGGCCAAGGAAUUGUAUCCAGGGAACUAUGAGCCCUCCAACUUCCAUCACCUCAUGCGUCUGUUUCAAGACAAAGGCCGCUUACACAGAAUUUACACACAGAAUAUCGAUACAUUGGAAAGAAGUGCUGGCAUUCAGGCUGAGUAUCUGGUUGAGGCUCAUGGAUCUUUUGCUGAUAAUCAUUGUAUCGAUUGCGGUUUGGAUUAUCCGCAUGAGUACUUUAAAGAAGCGAUUGCACACUGCAGCGGAAAGUUUGCGCGAUGCUCAAAAUGCGAAGGCCUGAUCAAGCCUAAAAUCGUGUUUUUUGGCGAAAACCUGCCCUUGCACUUUUUUUCGACGUGGGACGAUGACGUUGAAACAAUCGAUGAGGACUACAUUGUCAUUGUUGCAGGUACAUCUUUGGCUGUCUAUCCGUUUGCCUCGCUGCCCACCGAGGUGCCAAACUCUGUACGACGGGUUUUGUUCAAUUUGGAAAAGGUCGGUGAUUUCAAGGUCAAUCCAAGAAAAUCAGACCUUGUCUUCAAUGGAUCGACGGAGUUGGCUGCCAAAGAACUGGCAAAGCAGCUGGGCUGGCAAGACGAUUUCCAAGCGGUGGUUGAUGCUUCUUCGAGAAGAAGACAAAAGGAAAAGGACCAGGGUGUCCCCGUUUCAUCGGACGAUUUAGAGGUGCAAUUGAGCAAUGUCGUACAAGAUCUCAAGCAUAUCAGUCUGAAAGGCUCAGACGAGCAGCCACAAAAAUCUAAAGAUACCGAAACUGCGGGGAUACCGGAAUCGCAAGGUCAAUUAGAGAAAUUCAAAGAAACCAGUACGCAAGGGAGACAAAAAGGCGAGCAGAGCGAUGAAGAAUCGAAAGUUGACGACACGACGGUACAAAACAAGGUUAUUUCCGCAGAUAUAGAGGCAAAAAAAUAG